AUGAAAAGAUACAAGUGAAAUGAAUGAAUUACUUCUUUAACUGCUUUCUUAAAACACCGAGUUUAUUUGACUCUAAGUCCGACCUUGCUUUUAGCUUUGCAUGUGCCAGCUAACUCCCCUUACUCCUUGAUUUAAUGAUAGCAUUUGAAAAUUUCCUAAAAUUGGAAAAAAUUAACACUGCUAGAUAGACAUUUUUCAUCAAACCAAUUAUCCUGUCCCAUUCUAAAUCUAGUUCUCAUAUUUGAUAUUAAUGAAUAAAAUGAUUAUACCUAUAAUCGCUACUUCACAAUUCAGUUAUAUUUUCUAGCAUAUUUUAAAUAUUGCAUUAUUACCUCUUCCAGUCAGCCAAUAAUGAAAAUUUUUUAAUACAGGCUGAUAAAAUUUAUAUUUAUUUUGUUCCACAACUUUUUUACCACUUAUCAUGAAUCAGUGAUACAAUUAGUCCAAUCAAAGAUGGAGGUAAGGAUAAACAAUAUGAGCUCAAACACAAAACAUACGGAGAAGAUGGCCAAUGUGUUUUUUGCAAGCUUGCAAACACAUCAGAAUCCCUAAUAUACGAAGAUGAUCUUUUAGCUGCUUUUUUAGAUAGAAAGCCACUAGGAAAAGACUAUAUCCAGGUUGUUCCUAAAUUUCAUAUCAAAAAUAUAAAUGAUUUAAACGAAAGCCAUAUAGCUCUAAUAGAAAGAAUGUGAGAAAUAGGAUUAAGAUUACUUAAAGAAAGAAAGCCAGGCGAACAGUAUUAUUUUGGUUUUCAUGUGCCUCCUAGAAAUAGCAUUGAUCAUCUUCAUCUACAUUGCAUUGUUUUGCCUAUUAAAAAUUUGUGUGAUAGGCUAAGUCAUAAUAAUUGGCUAUGAUUAAUGUCGCCUAAGGAUGUAAUCGCAAAGUUAAAGAAUGAGAGACAUAUAAGAAGUAAUAUUAAUGCAAGGUUAUUAUAG